CAGACAUCUGUUCAUAGUAGGACCGCUCUUACUUCAUAUCUCUAUGUUUGGAAUUCACUGGCUAUUUUACGCUUUGACAGCAAUCCCUGUUGUUGCGUUUCCUCUCAAUAAUACAGAAGAUAGCUGCCCUAGGACUUGGUUCGCAUACCGAGAUUCGUGCUAUUACCAUGCAAGUGUUGCGACAGACUUCGUAACCGCGCAGGUCAACUGCCAAAGAAUGGGAGCCGCUCUACUGCACACGGAAACGCAAGAAGAAUAUAAAUACGUAACGGAGCGGGUGAAAGGCACAUCUAUGAGCUGGAUUGGCUUCCAGGAAGAUAAGAAUUUAAAAUAUGCGAGAUGGUUGAAUGGUGAUAGGCUCGAUUAUAACACUGUAAAUUGGCUGAUGACACCGGAAAUGCCCUGGGGAGCUUUUUGGACAAACUUUGCCAAAUGUGGUGCUUACUACUACAAUUUUACUAAUUCUGCUUCUAGUACGCUCUACUUUCCAUGUACGAGCCAGCUGUAUUCGACCUGUGAGAGAAAUAAGACACUCGGAAAAUUCACAAAGCCAAGACCUUAUCGUUUCAAGCAGUAAAUAAUAUAUAAAUUGCGAGUUGGUCAAAGAGAUAUUGAUUAUUUGCUGCAUGUAUUUGUUACUUGAAAUUGCAGUAAACAAAUUUCAUGG